GGAAUAAUGCACAUUCAUCAGGAAAAGGUGUAGUACCUACCUACCGGUAGCAUGCACCAGUCCCAUCGAAUCCAAGAGGACCAAGCGCGUGCCAACGUGGCGAUUGCCAGUGAAAUCGGCGAUGUUGCUGCCACAUCGGUGUGGUUAGCCCGUCUCGAGGGUCUCAUGGCUGGGUCAUCCUCGUCGUUGUCCGAGCAAGGGGGUGAUGCUUUGGGAUCGUUGAACACUCGCCCGCUGCUACCGCGGCAUAUCUUUGUGUGUGUGCAUGGCAUCUAUGGCAAACCGUCCGACUCGGACCACAUCGCCGCGGCCCUCACGCGCACAUUUGGCGAAUCCGCAAAAGUCCUUCAAAGCGCAGCCAACACGCACAAGACCCACCUGGGAGUUCGCCUCAUGGGUACCAACCUGGCCAUCGAGGUCUUGGACAUGUUGCACUCCCAUCAAACUCAUCCCGGCAAGGACGUUCCAACGAACGAACGACGAGGGGAUGGGACGCGGCUCAGCUUCAUCGGGCAUUCGCUGGGCGGAAUCGUCGCUCGGUAUGCCAUCGUGUACCUCCAAGCAGCCCUCAUAGCUUAUGGCAUCCAGCCGACGUCGUUCACUACGCUGUGUACUCCCCAUCUCGGCAGUCGUCGGCCCGGUGGUUCGCUCGGAAAGGAACUUUGGAAGUCAGCCGUACAUAGCCUCAUGUCAGUGUCAUUUAUUUACGGCCAAACGGGGAUGGAAUUACUUUGUCAAGACCACAACGACACGCCGUUGUUAGAGUUGAUGAGCAAGCCAGACUCUGUGUUUAUGGCAGCAUUGAAAGCAUUCGACCACCGGACAGCAGUGGCCAUGCUGCAAGGUGACUACAUCGUGCCGCGCGCAUCUGCCGCCAUCCAGCCGCACAUGCCGACCCUUCCUCGUCCAUCCAACCAUCCUGGGUGGCAGUGGUCCGUGGCGUACUCGGGGUUUGCCGACGAGCUCGACACGACGACUGGCAGCACAUCCCCCACCUCGUCGUCGUCGUUCCCACCCCCCUUGGACGCCUCAUCGCGUUGGAUGGCCGACGAUCGCGACCAAGUGGCCAUCUCGCUUGAUAUACUCACUGGCCUUAACACUGUCAUGUGGCGCCGCGUCCAUGUGCAUGUGACGUACGCUGGGCCUUGUCUGUGGCACUGGCUGUCGUUUCAUACGUGGCCAUUGGGCAUUCAAGUGCCGACCACCUCGAAAAGUCGCCAGUUUAUAUUUCACGUCUUGGGUCGCAUGUUAGCCCAGGACCACCACCAUCAGCAUCACACCAUGAUGAUGAUGCGAACAACAUUAUAGAGCACGCGACGGCCCUUCCGUUUAAAGACUCUUUGAAAGAAGUAGACACAUGAUGGGGUUCGUGACGUCUGUACUUUGCUGUACCGUAUAAUGUAUAUGUAUUGCGAUGACUCCUGUAAUAACUGAUAAGUUUCUUGUAAUAACUGAUAUUUACGUGUGAACAUGUUGAAUAUACUUCAAAUUUGUAUGACGCAAAGGAUUAACAAACUGUUGAGAACGAGUGUCGGCUGGGUGUGAAAUAAUAUCACCUGUCGCA